AUGGUAGUUGCCAUAAUACCUAUAGCGACCCUUCCUCCCACCUCUACAUAUGAAGGCAAGGAUGAAUUGAUGUUCGACAACAACACUAUUCCUCAUGCUAACGAACCAGGACUGACGCUACUUGCUGACACGGCACUCAACAAUGAGGCCGAUGUCUCCCGUACUCCCAUAUUAGACCCCAACCUCGUUGACGCUCACUCGCGUAUCGCUCAACACGAAAAUGACUCAACUGUUAACACUCUUGAGGGUGAGAACGCGCAACUACUUAGUCUUCACGAUGCACUCACCACCAUCAAACGUACAGGCAACGCUAACGAUCACGACAUCAAGAACUCAGAUGAGAAACUCAAUGUCUUCUUCGUGCACCCUAUGCCAGAAAACCCACCUAUGUACUCGCACUUGAGUGCACCAUAUUCUUCUAGCGUGUUUCCUCCGUGA